AACGCGGAAGUGGGGCUACAGGAGAAGCCCGCCGCGGGCAUAUUCCUACGUCAACAUUUUACGUUUAAGUGAACUCCGAGUCUCUAGGCUGGCUUUUAUAAUUAUACAUUGACACGCUAAAUAUUUGUACAUUGACACGCUAGCUACAAUAUAUAUUUAUUUUUUCUUUCAUCCUGUUUAUGGAUUUACUGGAGAUACUAUCAUGGGCCUGCAUCGUGUUUACAGUCGGAAUGUUCUCGACUGGACUGGUCGAUGUACAGGUGAUGCGAAACUCCAUGAGCACUGACCAUAUCCAGUUCCUGCCUUAUCUCACCACAUGUGUAAACACCCUGGGCUGGCUAUACUAUGGCACACUGAAGAGUGACCAGACACUUAUUGUGGUCAACCUGAUUGGAGCUUUCCUGAACCUUUUGUACAUCUUGACAUACUUGACAUACACAGAACAAAAGAGGCAGGUGGUGUCCCGAAUCUUAGGAGGAGCAGUGCUGGCUACCAGCACAUGGUUGUACAUCUCCAAGAUUCUUCCACCUGGCGACAUGCAGCUCAACCAGCUCGGCCUCAUCUGCAGCGUGGCCACCAUCAGCGUGUAUCUGUCACCACUCACCGACCUGGUGGCCAUCGUGCAUAGUGGGAACAUCCAGUGCCUGUCCUUCUCUUUGACAGUGGCCACCUUCUUUACUUCCACGUCCUGGUUCUUGUACGGUCUACAGCUGAAUGACUACUACAUUUUGGUGCCAAACCUGCCGGGAAUCUUCACCAGCUCCAUCAGGUUUUAUUUGUUCUGGAAAUUUUCAAAUCAGUCAUGUUCCUACAAGUCCAUGCAGAUAUGAUGAUGUUCUCAUAGUGAAGCGAAACAAAGACCGAUUGUCGUUGUGUGACGAGCGGCAAUAGUGUCUGCAUUCCAUAAGGUUACAUGAAAAAGCACUUAGUUUACCAGGAUGUAUUCAGGGAUACAUUCAAUGAUUUGUUGUUCCUGUAGGAUGUGGGAAAACCUAUUCUCUUAAUGUGCCUUCUGUUGGGUAUGAAGGGGUAUUAAGGCCACAGUGAAAAACUUAGAAUUUGAAUAAAGUGGUACUAAUAAUCUAAUAGAAAAAUAAAGAUGCAUUAAGUAAAUUAUAACUAAAUUAUUAGAAUAAAGUUGUAAUUUCCAUAGAAAAACAGCGUAAUCUUUUUAGAAUACAGUUGUGUUACACGAGAAUACAGUAAUAUUACAAGAGUAAAUGCAUGCUUUGUGAAAUUACAAGAACAAAGUUGUUCUAUUACGAAAAUAAAGACGUAGUUUCUUGGGUAAAACAAAUUAGAUUUUUUUAAAAAGUUUCUACAAUCUGAAUAAAGUCGUAAUAACAGUGUAAUAAUAGAAAAAAUUAAGAUGCACUAAGUAAAUUAUAACUAAGGUAUUAGACUAAAGUUGUAAUUUCUAUAGAAAAAGUUGUAUUCUUAGUAGAAUAAAGUUGUGUUACACGAGAAUACCGUAAUAUUACAAAAAUAAAUGCAUGUUUUUGUGAAAUUACAAGAACAAAGUUGUUCUAUUACGAAAAUAAGGACAUAUUUUCUUGGGUAAAACAAAUUAGAUUCUUUUUUUUAAGGUUUUAGAAUCUGAAUAAAGUCGUAAUAAUAGUCCAAUAUUAGAAAAAUAAAGAGGCAUUAAGUAAAUUAUAACUAAGGUAUUAGAAUAAAGUUGUGAUUUCUUUAGAAAAAAAAGACGUAAUCAUAGUAGAAUACAACAAUACCGUAAUAUUACAAGAACAAAUGCAUGUUUUUGUGAAAUUACAAGAACAAAGUUGUCCCAAUAUGAAAAAUAUGACGUAUUUUCUUCAGUAAAACUUGGUGAAUAUAUAAGGACAAAGUAAAUUUUUUUCCAGAAAAAGUCAUAAUCAUAUCAGUUGCGAUAUAACAGUAGUAACGUAUGUUUGUGAUAAGUGAAUGUUUUACAAGUUUUUUUGUUUUGUUUUGUUGGAAAAACCUAAAAGGGAACUUCACAUUUUUUUUUACAUUUUCCCUAUCCUUCACAACCUUUAUGUAAAACAAGAACAAAUAUUUUUUUUCUUUGUUUACGCAUUCUAACGCGUAAAUAAACAUUAGCCAAAGUCAGCUAAAAAUGGAGCCAUCGGGAGUGAGUCGCUCAAUUUUUUAUACAUGCUCUAAGUAUAUAUGUAAUGUAGCUCAUUCAUAAUAACAUGUAAUUUGACGUAUUUUGCAUCAAAUCAUUCGCUAUUUCUUUCAACAACAAGAACAACACUACUAAUCAUUGCAUAUUCAUGAGAGCCAACAACGAUUACUUUGGGAAAAAUUAUGACCGAGAAUGUUAUGUUUUUGAGGCUGUAUAUGCGGAGGAUGAGCUGCAGGUUUUAGAAGCUGCGUGCAUAACAGAUCCAGCUUUAGUGAAACACUAAGCAUCAUGUAGCAGUAUUGCUAAGUGCUAAACAAGAAAUAAAAACUACGGACAUAAUAAAACGAUCACUUACUGUACAAUGUCUGCUCUCACCGGGAUGCCAACUGAUCGGAUAUUUAUCGCUUCACAUUUAGAUGAAGAAUUAAUCAUAACCCUCACGCAGGUAAAAAUGUGCCACAAAUGAGUGUAUUUUUGUGUCUUUCUUGCCAUUACCUGGGUAUAAGCUAAAUGUCAAAGUUGACCGACUUCUCAGUUUAUGGCCACAACUUUUUCUAGAAUUAACUUUCACCAACUCAGAGGCGAUGCAGCAGCCACAACUCAAUUGAAUAAUGUAGCUGCAUAAGCUAGUUAGCUCACUGUGAUCACGGCCGAGCUAAAAAUAGUUCCUUAACGUUAGCGCUUAUAAUAAUAAUAUCGCUAAUACUUGGUAAUAUUCAAAUCACGAUAUGUAAAUGGGGUAUUGUUGGCAAUUUUUAAGUGUUUUUUAAGAGAGCUUUAUGGGCGGAAUAGUGUACUCCCAUUAGCUGCAUUGUUAGCCACUUCUUAAUUGCCGUAUUUUGCGACUUAGAAUGCAUAAAAAAAAAAGAACUUAUGUGUUUGUCUUACUUAGGGAUUGUGAAUGAAAUUAUGAUUUUGAUCAAUAUCGUGAAGCUAAAGUGUAACGUGACAAACGCCUCUACUGUGCUCAUCUUAACUCAAUUACACAAUCAUGAUCGCAAGGAAUUACACAUUCAUUCUCACAUUAGUUCUCAUGUUACGACGUCAAAUUUGUGAGAACUUUAUUCCUGCCAAGAUACUACUUUAUUCUCAUCCUAUUAUGUAUUUUUUCCCCCCGCUGUGGCCCUAAUGUUCCUUUAUUGGGUUGUUCUUGUCAUUUUAAAAGUGGCAUUUUGUGACUAAUCAACAAUUACAAUCGCAUUGCAUCCAUUAAAUUGGACUAAAUUAUUGUACAGAUUCCAAAGAUUGCGUAGGGUUUCCGAGGCUGCUGUUUUUAAGAUUCAGGUAUCAAACCGGUACUGGUGUACUUGUUUAUAUUCCCUGUUGUCUUUUCUAUGGGAAAAAUAAUUUUAUACUAUCAAUGCUCUUCAGUGGCAUAUAUAGCUAUAUUUGUGAAGGAUCGCUUUUGAUACUUGUUACGGUUUUCUUAUGCAGACUGUUUACAUUAGCUAAAUGCUAUUUUUGCAAAUGGACGUAAGAAUGAAUGCUUUGUCAAUAAAGGAUAAAGAAAAUAGCCUUUUUUAUCUACCCAAACUAUCACUAUUAACAACCAAAUUGUACAUCAGUUGGACACUUAAACACAACCACAAUAAUUCACAUUUUGGCAAGUUACUACUUCCCCUAAAGCAGCAUGCAAUGCACUAUUUUGACUUAUUGCAUAAUUUUGCUUCUGCUUAUAGCUACCAUUCGCUUCGAGGACGUGAUGCCAACAUUGUGUUUCUUUUUUGAACUAUAAUGCCCAAUUCUGAUCAAAAUUAAUCCUAAUUAAUUUAUAAACUGCCUAUCAUGCAUUAUUGAUUGGCAACCACUGCAGGGUCGCCAAUCUCUCUUCCACCUCUCACACAAAACCAUCAGGGAUAGGCUGUAGGUCGCCUGUUCCUGACCAGCAUAAAAGAAUGAGUCUCUUCUAACAUGGUUUUGCAAAGGGUAUUUUAUGUUAUCAUUUCAAGCAGCAUAUCAUGGACUAUAGGUACAAAACACAAUUUCUUCCAAUUCUGUUGUAUUAACAACAUUCACUUAGGAAUCUCACACCAGCAUCAUACUUCUGCUUGUUUCAUCUUAAUAAUAAUCAAUCCUGAUUGUGAGAUUUCAGGCGGUCAUCAGGUCUUUUCUGAUUUUAUUUUAUUUUAUUUUUGUUAUGUUCUGUCCAGGGCUUCACGGUGGCAGAGGGGUUAGUGCAUCUGCCUCACAAUACGAAGGUCCUGAGUAGUCUUGGGUUCAAUCCCGGGCUCGGGAUCUUUCUGUGUGGAGUUUGCAUGUCCUCCCCGUGACUGCGUGGGUUCCCUCCGGGUACUCCGGCUUCCUCCCACUUCCAAAGACAUGCACCUGGGGAUAAGUUGAUUGGCAACACUAAAUUGGCCCUAGUGUGUGGAUGUGAGUGUGAAUGUUGUCUGUCUAUCUGUGUUGGCCCUGCGAUGAGGUGACGACUUGUCCAGGGUGUACCCCGCCUUCCGCCCGAUUGUAGCUGAGAUAGGCUCCAGCGCCCCCCGCGACCCCAAAGGGAAUAAGCGGUAGAAAAUGGAUGGAUGGAUGGAUGUUCUGUCGACCCUUCCACUGAGCAUAUUACCCCGUAUAGUCCUUAUGCUUUGUCCACAAAUUAAUAAGCGUUGUAAAUCAAAAUUACUUCUGAUAAUCUGUCCUGAUUUCAAGCAGCAUAUCAUUUUCUGUACCGACUAUUUCAUCAAAUAUACACUUUUGUCCUUUUUUGUUAUCUUUGGAGCUGCACAUCAUGCACUUUCGUGACUUUUAGCAAAUAUAGAACAAAUGUAUAAAGUUUUGUUAACCACGUUCACUUGAGCAUGUGACGCCAGCUUCAGGCAUCUACUUGUCUGAUCCCAAGACUCUAUCCUGAUUGGACAGUAUAACUUCAGGCUGCAUAUCAUUCAUUGUCGUGACUACCCCAUCAUUAAGGCCCUGGGCCGAUAUUCGAUACGUCAAUUAACUGACGAUAAAUGAAAAUGAAGUUGACAAGUUUUCCAGCAUCGAAAAAUCGCCAUGUGCAUGCUUCAAGAACAAUCACGCUUUUCAUCGGUUUGCAAGAGCGAUCACUCUUUUGCAUCGGUUUCUGUGGCUGCGGGCGUUUGAACUUAAAACAAACGGUAGUAAUGGUAGCCGCUGUAAAACUCCCAACGGUUAGUACAGGGUUCGGCAACCCAAAACGUUAAAAGAGCCAUAUUGGACCAAAAAUACAAAAAACGAAUCUGUCUGGAGCCUCAAAAAAUUAAAAGCCGUAUAUAAGUGUUAUAAUGAACACAUGACGUAAGUGUCUAUAUUAGCUAUAAUAGCCUACUAUCAAAAUUACUUUAGACGUCUUAUAUAAGUGUUAUAAUGAAGACAACACAUGAUGUAAGUGUCUAUAUUAGCCUACUAUCAAAAUGACUAUGUGCUGCAGGCUGAAGCAAAUCUUCGUUGACAGAAAUGUUGAAAUGUAAUAUUUAUUCUACUAAUUUUUACAACAUUAGAAACCAUUAGUAAAUCAGAGGCUACUCAGAAGGUGAGAUAACUCCUGGAAAUGACUGGCUUUUAAUGGCCAAAGGUAUAGAUGUGUGUGUCCAAGUUAAAGGAAACGGCAGGCUGUCUUCUUUUAAUAGAUUUAUUACAAUCUUUGGCAAGCUAGGUAAUGUUUGCUGUGGUCUGGAACAACAUGGCACACAAACAACUAUCUGAAAUGCAGCCGAAAUUACAUACAGGUAAUGUGUCAUGAGACAUGCAAAACUAUAUACAAAGAGGAUAAAAGUAAAUGAUAUUAAAUGAGCUCAAAUAUACCUACAAAUGAGGCAUAAUAUGCAGUAUGUACAUACAGCUAGCCUAAAAAGCAUGUUAACAUUGAUUAGCUUGAAGCCAUGCACUGACCAAAUAUGCCUGAUUAGCACUCAAACAAGUAAAUAACAUCAACAAAGCGCACCUUCGUGCAUUCAUGCACAGCAUAAAACGUUUGGUGGACAAAAUGAGACAAAGGAGUAGAAGAGUUUACAUGUCAACAAACUGUUGCGUCACAGUCCACACUAUGGUGAGUUCAAGAACCGCCAAAAUUAGUAGGACAAAACGAUGUUCACCAAAUACUCUCAUCAGUGAAGCAUACACACAAACAUAUUAAACAGUGGGCUUUCUAACAGUUGGGAAGGUUUGUGUCAUUUAAUUUUUCCUGCAUCUUUUUCCAUUAUCAAUCUUUUUUAAAAAAUGCUCCAGGGAGCCACUAGGGCGGCACUAAAGAGCCGCAUGUGGCUCGAGAGCCGCGAGUUGCUGACCCCCGGGUUAGUAUUACCGUGUUAAAUUAAAAUAGUCGAAAAACUGUCAUUCAUAGUCGCAGUUAAUACACACUGGCACUAGCUUUCUAGCUAGCUUAAAUGCUAACAUGUAAACAACAGACAUUAACGUCUUUCCCCAUUACGAAACGUGUUUCCCCAAUCCAAACUUGUACAAACACAUUGCUGUCGAAACAACUGAGCUACCGUAUUCACAUUGAACAUGUGACGUGCUGUUUUUGCACAAAGUGAUCGAUAAACUCGACAGUUUCGAGUUGAAACAGACGAACAUCCCAUCGACAGAAAGUGAACUUGUGUGGCAUCACACAAACCGGAAGUGAAACAACUGAUCACCCUUUAUUUUAGUUAUUAAGCAAAAUACAACUUGGUUUAAAGAGUUUAGUGUGUGUAUACGUUUUUUAAGCACAUUAAACAAUACCACAAUAAUAAUAACUGUGAUCAUUUUGUUUAUUGUUUUGGUUGUGUAUAUUUGAGGGUCCCCCACACCUUCCUUAACAAAGACGGAACAUUUUUUUAUUGCUUUGGGUUGUGAUUUUUGUUCAAGUGCAAACUUUUGCUUACUGACAGAGUAUAUUUUAAUUUUGUUAUUUGUGUUAUUCAAAUUGGUAUUUAAAAGUGUACAUUUCAAUUACAAUGUUGAAUUAUACGAUAAACAAGUUAAUUGCAUUUGAAAAAGUAUACUUCCAUUAUUAUUACCGUAUUUUUCCGACAAUAAGGCUCACUUAAAAUCCUUUCAUUAACUCAAAACUCGACAGUGCGCCUCAUAACCCGGUGCGCCUAAUGUACGGAAUAAUUUUGGUUGUGCUUACCGACCUCAAAGCUAUUUUAUUUGGUACAUGGUGAAAUGAUAAGUGUGACCAGUAGAUGGCAGUCACACAUAAUAGAGACGUGUAUGCACUAUGACUCAAGUAAACAACACCAAAAUGUUGUUUACUUACACGGCCCUCAAAAAUCUCAAAAUGUUUUAGUACGACUUUGGUGAGCUAUGAAGCCGCACCGCUUGAUGGAUUGUACUGUGCUUCAACAUGCGAGUAUUAUUAUGGUGUGGGUAUAAGGUAAGACAUAUUAUCUAUUAUCAAGUUCUGACUUAUAUCUGUCAGUAAACUCGCCUUGAAAGCGCUAAAACAUACCGGUGUAGUGAGUUUACAUUAUACAGCCAAGGAACUUUAGUUAUUAGAGAGUUCCGGUCGGAUGGUUUUCACGGGACACAUUUCCAGCGUUGUUAUUGCACUAGUGAGCCACAAAUGAGGAGAUUCUGCUCUGUUAUUUUUUUAGGUAAAGUCUGAAUGUCAUUAAAACAGUUAGCUCCAUCUUUUGACCCUUUAUCCACUCCUAUCCUUGCACGCUACACCGCUACAACAAAGAUGACGGAGAAAAAACGCUGCUUAAGGUGAGCCAUGUAAAUAAGACCGCCCACAAAACGGCGCAUCCUGAAGCGACUGUCAGAAAGCAACUUGAAGAUGAUCUGUAAAACAUAAUCUAUGCAAUGUUUUGACCAAUGAACCACCAUUACAUGUUAUGUAGACCACAAGGAAGUGUUUUCCAUUUAGAAAAAAAUAAUAAUAAUAUGACCCCUUUAAUGCGCCCUAUAAUCCGGUGCGCCUUUUGUACGAAAAUAAACCUGACUAGACACGCUCAUCGGCAGUGCGCCUUAUGGUCCAGAAAAUAUGGUAUGUAUUGUCAUUACAUCAGUGGUUCAUUUUAGUCUAAAAGAAAAAUUAUUGCAAUAAUAUCUAGGGAUGUCCGAUAAUAUCGGACUGCCGAUAUUAUCGGCCGAUAAAUGCUUUAAAAUGUAAUAUCGGAAAUUAUCGGUAUCAGUUUCAAAAAGUAAAAUGUAUGACUUUUUAAAACGCCGCUGUGUACACGGACGUAGGGAGAAGUACAGAGCGCCAACAAACCUUAAAGGCACUUCCUUUGUGUGCCGGCCCAGUCACAUAAUAUCUACGGCUUUUCACACACACAAGUGAAUGCAAAGCAUACUUGGUCAACAGCCAUACAGGACACACUGAGGGUGGCCGUGUAAACAACUUUAACACUGUUACAAAUAUGCGGCACACUGUGAACCCACACCAAACAAGAAUGACAAACACAUUUCGGGAGAACAUCCGCACCGUAACACAACAUAAACACAACAUAAAUACAACAGAACAAGUACCCAGAACCCCUUGCAGCACUAACACUUCCGGGACGCUACAAUAUACACCCCCCGCUACCCCCUACCCCCCCAUCCCCGCCCACCUCAACCUCCAAGCAUGACCAGCUCUAUACUCUCGGCAGGGUCCUUGAGGGUGCAUGGGAGUUUGCCCAACCAGUCUACAUGUGCU